AUGUCAACUAGAGCAGAUGUCAAGGAUACAGUGGGAGACAUUUCCAAUGAUGACAAUUUAAACAUGGCUCAAAAGCAAACCUCCAGGAAAGGCUUUUGUUCAGUCAGACAUGGACUGGCCCUCAUCUUGCAGCUCUGUAAUUUUUCGAUUUGCACCCAACAAAUGAACUUGAGCAUUGCCAUCACAGCUAUGGUGAACAACACAGCCUCAACCGGCCAGCCCAAUGCCUCCACAGAAAGGACCCUCACUGACCCCCAGGGCUACUGGAAUGAAACUCUGGAGGAAUUUAGGGCACUGGCCCCUGCUUAUGACUGGAGUCCUGAAAUCCAGGGAAUCCUCCUCAGCUCCCUCAACUAUGGCUCAUUCUUGGCUCCAAUCCCCAGUGGUUAUUUGACUGGAAAAUUUCAAGCCAAGUACAUGGUUGGUACUGGCUUGUUUAUUUCCUCAUUCCUGAACCUCUUCAUUCCACUUGGAGCUGAUGCUGGAGUGGCCUUGCUCAUUGUCCUUCGGAUUGUCCAAGGCAUAGCCCAGGUUAUGGUAUUAACAUGUCAGUAUUCAAUCUGGGUCAAAUGGGCUCCCCCACAGGAAAGGAGUCAACUCACCUCCAUUGCUGGAUCAGGGUCAAUGCUGGGGUCCUUCAUCAUCCUCAUUGUUGGUGGUCUCCUCUGCCAGACCAUAGGAUGGCCUUAUGUCUUCUAUAUCUUUGGUGGAAUUGGUUGUGCCUGUUGUCUCCUCUGGUUUCCUCUAGUUUAUGAUGACCCUGUGAAACAUCCCUUUAUCAGCCCUGGUGAGAAGAGAUACAUAGUGUGUUCACUGGCCCAGCAGGACCGUUCACCAGGCUGGUCUCUUCCUAUUAAGGAUAUGAUCAAAUCCCUACCACUUUGGGCCAUUUUAGUCUCUUAUUUCUGUGAAUACUGGCUUUUCUAUAUUGUGAUGGCAUACACACCAACAUACAUCAGCUCUGUACUUCAGGCCAACCUCAGAGAUAGUGGGAUCCUAUCAGCCCUGCCAUUUGCUGCUGGCUGUAUCUGCAUUAUCCUUGGAGGUCUAUUGGCAGACUUUCUACUCUCAAGGAAAAUCCUCAGACUCAUCACCAUCAGGAAGCUCUUCACUGCCAUAGGGGUUCUCUUCCCAUCUGCGAUCCUUGUGUCUCUGCCCUGGGUCAGAUCCAGCCACAGCACCACCAUAGUCUUCUUGGUACUGUCUUCUACCAUCAGCAGCCUCUGUGAAGCAGGAGCCCUUAUUAACUUCUUGGAUAUUGCUCCUCGGUACGCUGGCUUUCUAAGGGGACUAUUGCAAGUCUUUUCACACAUAGCAGGAGCCAUCUCUCCCACUAUUGCUGGAUUUUUCAUCAGUCAGGAUUCAGAGUUUGGUUGGAGAAAUGUCUUCUUGCUUUCGGCUGCUGUUAACAUCUUGGGCCUGGCCUUCUACCUCAUCUUUGGCCAAGCAGACGUGCAGGAGUGGGCUAAAGAGCAGACAUUCACCCACCUCUGA